AUGGAAACAAAAUCUGAAUAUGGUUUAUCAAAAGAAGGGCAAAGUUCUUUGGGUAAAGUUGUUGUUGAGAUAAAGAAUGUUUUAUUUUAAGUAACCAGGUAGAUGCUUAUAGAUGAUGAUCCAUCAUUGUUAUUUACAAUUGCAUCAUUAUUUAUCUAACUAUUUUAAAUGACUUACAUUUGUUUCAAUAGAAAUCUUUAUUAGGCUUGGAAGCAUGAUGAUAUAGCAAAAUAUGUAAAUUAGAUAACUGGUUAUGUUUUACUAUCACCUUAAUAUGAUUAGAUGUAAUAUUCAGCAAUGGUGAUAUUAACUUAUUUGUUUGUAGGUAUCAUAGCAUUAGAAAUUUUACUCUAUUUGGUAUUAAGCAAUAGAACAGAGAAACUCAGCAAGACUCUACCCAUGACAAUGUUAAAGUCAAUAAUUAAUUUGAUGCUUUCAAUUUUAUAUAUGCCAAUUGUAGAUUUAUUUAUUUCAGUGUGGACAUGCAAAGAUUCUUAUCACUUUUCAUUUACAAAUUAUGAAUGCUGGACAGGCAGUCAUACUGUUCAUUCAAUAGUAGCAAUUAUUUUUUUGAUAAUAUUCUACACUUUGAGUGCUAUUCACUCAUUUCUUUAUUAUGAAGCACGUUUUAUCUAUACUAAUUCACUCUCAAAAUAGAGUGGAUUUGAUGAUUUUAUUUUAAAAACUUAUAUUGUGAUUUAAGUAUUAAAUUACUCAUUUAUUGAAUCACAAUAUGUUUAAAUAAUAUUGAUAGCAUUUGGUAAUAUAACUCUAUAUAUAUAUAAUUAUCAUUAAAAUACACAUAAUAAUUUAUAUGUAUAUAAAAUGUGGUAAAUGAUUAUUGCAAUUAAUAAUUGGACUUGUAUAAUGUUAGCUUUUAGUAAGAUCCUAGAGGAUGUCAUAUUUAGAGGUACAAUUUAUGCAUGGUUAUUGGGAAUACCUUUAUUGAUUAUAAUUGUUAUAUAAAAUCCUGAAGAAAGAAUAGAUUUAUUAUUAUUGGAUAAUUUGAAAGGAACAAUAAGUCAGAUAUUAUUAUAAUAACAUCAUUUACUAAGAUUACAUAAUUGGAAUUCUUAAUUAUUUAAUAUAAUUUUGGAUGGAUAUUUAAAGACUCAUAAUUAAACAUGUAUUAGACCUGAUUGUGGUAAGGAAUUAAUUAAGAUAAUUUAAUAAAAUUAUUUGGAUGCAAGUAAGAGAUUCCCAUAUGAUUAUUAAUUAAAAAUUAGAUAUGGAUUUUUCUUACUUCAUAUUGGUUAAAGGUAAUAUGCUUUAUAAGAAUUCAAUCAAGCUUAAAAUCUAAAUCCUACAAUGGAUUAUGAAUUUGUAUUAUUUAGAUAUAAAAAAAUUAUUGAAGAUGAGAUGAAUGAUUAAAAUGUUGAAUAAAUAGAUACUCAUAAUGAAGCUAUGUAUUUAAAUAUUAUUAAGAACUUUUAAAGCAAAAUAGAAAGAGUAACUUUAAUAAAUAUGGAUUUCUGGUCUUAAUUAUAAGAAGAUUAUCCAGAUUUAGGGAAAUUGAAUUAGAUUGGUUUAAAUAUACAUAAUCUAAUGAAUGAAAUUGAUAUGAUAUGGAAUAGAUUACAAAAGACAAAGUAAAAUACAUAAAAGAGUUUAAAAAUGUAUAGUAAAUUUAUGAUUGAUGUUGUAUAAGAUUAAGAAUAUGGUGAAUUGUUAUAUGAGAAAUCUAGAGUUAUGGAUGCAUCUUAUGUAAGGAAAGGUAUAUAGAUGGCAAGUAAAGAAGAAAUAAGUAUGGAAAGUUUACCAACAAUGAUUAUUUCAUUAGCUUAAGAUAAAUUUGGUUAAAUAAUAAAUUUAAAUACUGCAUGUCAUGUAUUUGGAUAUAUGAAAAAUGAAUUAGUUAAUAGAAAAUUAAAUGUCUUAAUUCCUAAUAUCUUUUAAAAAGCCCAUGAUUAAUUGAUGAAAUUAGGAUUUGAUUAAAAAUUGAGUAAAGAAAGAUCAAUUUAUGUUAAAAAUAAAUAGAAUUAUCUUAUUCCAUGUAUUAUAGAAAUGAAAUCAUUAACAUCUUUAGAUUAAUCAGUUAUGAUAAUAGCUUAAUUUAAAUUAUUCAAACCAUAUAAACAAACAUGUUAUAUAUUAUUUGAUAGUGAUGAUAUUAUAGAUUCUAUUUCAUUUAAUUGUAUAAGUUUACUUGGUUUAGAUUUACGUUUGAUUUAGAAUAAGAAAUUAUUGGUUAGUGAAAUAUUUCCUUAAUUGUAAGACAAGAGUGAAUUUUUAAUUAAAGGAGGAGGAAUUAUUUAAUAUAAAAUACCUGAAGAUAUUAUGAGUGGAUAGAUUUAAUCUAAUGAAUAUAUUGAUGAGAAGACUAAACUUUCAUAAGAAUUCAUAUGUACAUUGAAUUCAGUUACAUUAAAUAAUUAGUAAUUAGGUUAUAUGAUGAAAUUAGAAUAAAAAGAAAGUGAAAAUAGAUUAAUUCCAUUAAAAAAAUAAAAAUCAAAUUUUUAAUUUAAAUAUAAUGUUGGUAAAAAGAUAUUUUUGGGAGAAUUCUCUACUGAUCAAGUUUCAGCUAUACAUGAUUUAUCAUCAGUUCAUGAUUAAACUGUUGAUGUUAGUGCCAUGUCUAUAAAAAAUUAAUCAAUCACAUAGGUUAAAUCAUCAGAAGAUUAAAAAUUUGAUUAUGGUGAAGGAAUUAAAACAUUAUAACUCUUUCAAAAUAGAAUUCAAGAAAUUGAUAAAGAAGAAAUUAUGGAAGAAUUUGAUGAAGAACAUUAACAAAGUGUAUUUCAAAAUAAUAUUGAAUAAUAAUAAGAAAAUGAAAGUAAUAUUAAUAAUAAUAUUUUUAAAUCAAGAGCUUCAUUAUAAGAAUAAAUUAAAAAUUAAGGGAGAAUUUCUAUUAUAUAAAAAAUGAUAUGGUUUACAAAUAUUUUAUAUUUAGUAAUGACAUCUUUAGCCUUUUUUGAAUUCUUUUAUUUAAAUCAAUAAUAUAAUGAAAUUGAAGAAAAUAUCAAUCUUAUUGGUAAAGAAAAUUAAAUUCAUGCUACCUUAUAAACUAUAUUGACAAAUGUAUAAAAUCUGAAAAUGCUGAAUUUAGGUGUAUGGUAGAAUGCAAAUGUAUCUACUUAUGAAAAAACUUAGAAGGAAGCCCUUAUUAAAGAAUUAAAUAAUGUUUAAGAUUUAAAUAAGGAAGUAUUAAUGAGUGAGUUAAAAAUAACAGAUAUUUAUUCAAAUCUCAAGGUUUCAGAUGCUGUUAAAAUGUAUUUUAGUACUAUUUAAAGCUAAUAAUAUGAUUUUAUGGAAGCAACUCAAUAAAUUAUUAGUAAAGGAAUUGAAGUAUCAAAUCUACCAUUAAGAGAGAUUACUGAAGAAUAAUCAAGUGUUUUCUUUGUAGAAUACAACCUUUUAAAUGAUUAUUGGAUUGCAUUAUCUACAGUAUCAGAUUAAUUUGUUUUAGCAUUAGAUGACAGAACUACUAGAUAAGAAAAAGUUGAAGUUAUUAUAAUUACACUUUCUGCUAUUAUGUUAUUUAUGUCUCUAAUAAUUUAUUCGAUAGCAAUUAUACUAUUAGCUUAGAUGAGAUUAUCCAUAUUAUAAUUAUUCUUAGAUAUUCCAGAAAAAACAGUUAAGUAUUUCUACAGUAAAUGUGAGAAUUACAUCAGUAAUUUGUAGGUAGGAGAAGAUGAUGAAAAUGUAUCAUUUUAAGAAGAUUUAGAAGAACAAGCAGAAUUAAAUAAGACCUUAAAAUCAAGAAAGAAGAAGAAGAAGUUUAUUAAUUCUAAUUAAAAUCAUAAGGAUCAUAUAUUACUAUUUGUAUUUUCGGUUAUGCUUUUAUAAGGAUAUUUUAUAUUUACAUAUUUUGUAACUUAAAAUGAAUUGAAUAAUAUGAAUUAAUAAAUAGCUGAAUUUAAUAUAACAACAAGAUGUGAAGGUUUUUAUAGAUUUUUGUGAUAAUUCUGAAAGACAAUUAUUUUAUAAUUAAGAAAUUUAAUUAUUAAAUCAAAAGCCUUAUGAAGUUAUCAAAUAAAAUAUAAAGGAUAUGUAUGCAUAUGAUACAUCUAUGUAAUAACAACAUGCUUUGAAUAUUGAUGUUUAGAAUUCAGAUUAUAGAAGUGUUUAUGAUCAUAUUAUGAUGUCAGAUCCUUGUGAUGUAUUACCUUCAUAUGGAUCUCCUGAUACUGUUACUUGUCAAGCCUUUGCAAGAGGAGCAUUGGCUUAAGGUAAUUCAAUUGGAGUUGCUAGAUAUAUAGAGAAUUUGAGAUACAUAAUAACAAUUUAUGAUAAAUUUAUAGGUUUAGGAUCUAAACCCAAUUUUACUACAGUUGCAAGAGGAGAUGCUGUAUAUUCUAAGAUAGUUGAUGAUCCUGAGAAAAAUAAUAUUUUGAAUUUGAAUAAUUUCAAUUAGACAAAAGAAGCGAGAACUUAUCAAUCAAAUUAUUUAACACGUAUUUUUAUACAUUUUAUUAAAUUAAGCAUCUUUUAGAUAUUUGACU